AUGUUCGUUGUUCCGGAAAUUACAGGUGGGGCGUCGGUUCCUCACCAGUCAAGCGAUCGAAGACUCGAACUGGCCGUCCCGAGUCGGGAUACUCCGAGUACGCACCUCGCGUACAACCGCACGACGACAGCGGCACUUUGGAACAUCAGGCAACACCCCAACGUGCUCAACCUGGAGACGUUCGACACUAUGACCGAUAACUCCGACGUGUCAAAGUCAGCACCAGUUGCUACACUAGUCGUUGCUGACUGUCAACAAGCGCUACAGACUUCAGUGGGGCGAGUUGUUGCCGGGGAUUCGUUCUUUGGGGUUUCAUUCGCCACAACAGCCGCGUAUUUUCACGUGUUGAGCAUUGCCAAGCACCUCUCACCAGUCAUUUCUUCUCCUGGGAGCUGUCGAGUGAAGCUCGAGCUGGAACACGCGACCUUCGCUCAACUAUAUCCAGACUGCAGAAUCAAAUUCUAUUCUACCGACAUCGCCAGCCUCAUUCGGACGGAAUCGGUGGUCGAUGCUACAGCGCAAGCUCGAAGACUUGAGGCGAGCACGUUUGGGUUCGUGAAGGAUUCUUCCUGCAAAUACGACUGCGGGGACAAAGGUGACGACGUAGGGGAGAUCGACGUCGACAAGUGCUGGGCUAAGGUCGACAGUAAGUGGACGGAGCAGCAGUGCAAGUUGCAGUUCUACGCAAAGAACAGCGACUGCACGACUGAAUGCGGCUACGAAGGCGAUACUAAGACGCUGCCAGCAAAAUUAAUGCUACGACUGCUCAACGACACUGUGACUGUGAGCAACUCCAGCUACCAGAUCUUUGAGACUGGCAACUGCUCCGACACGUCCGACCCAGCCCCGAACUGUUGCCGCAUCACGUGCGAGAACUGCUUCCUGAACGUCUCCAUCGCGUCCAUGUUCGCAGAUGUAGAGGUUGUCGGGGUGUCAUUUGAAGAAGCGAUCGAGAUGGAAUUAGCGAGGAACGCCAACCUCCAAGUGGCCCUGUAUGCGCCGAAUGGAUGCACUCUGGAUGAGACGACGCAGCUUAAGAACGCGAGCUUCACUAUCCCCCUGGGCGAGACGGGAAUCAGCGUCGAGAUUACAAUGGGGCUGGAUCUGCGCAGGAAAAUGUCGCUUCAACCCCAUGGCUCCAUAGUAAACAUCGGUGCGACUGCAGAGCUCCAAAGCUUAACAGCGGGUUCGCUUCGCUCCGAGAAAUUCCACGACGUGCAGAUCACGACCAACACGUCGAGCAAGUUGGCUCAGAGCAGCAUCGAUCUGGAGAUGGACCUCGAGUUAACUCCGUCCUUCCAGGCGUCUCUGUCACUGCUAAAUGGUCUUGCUAAAGUGGGCGUCAAGACUGAAUUCUUGGUGUUUGUAGAGCUGAACAGCACCUUCCAAUACCCAGACCCGUUUUCAGGUCUGUUUUUGCAAUAUCUCGAUGAGUCGUCGCUGUGGCACGGAGGGGAUUGUCGGCUUCCUCACUUCAUGGAGUACAAUGGCAACGCCGGUUAUGGGGAAGUCAACGUCUCGAUCCCUCUCUCGCUCGCAGUAUCUCGCGCUGUUAACACGACGACGGAGCUAGACGUCUUGUCGUCUUCGGACCGGUUCAGCUUCAGCUUGUUCAGCGGGUGUGUGGCCACCGCCUACGAUGCGGAGGUGCGUCUCUCCACAGCGAUCGAUACGGUGUCGGCUUUGUCUGGUGAGAAGAUGGACGCGUUGCGGGCGAUUCUCGUGUGGACACUUGGCAUGACCGACAUCGACCCAGAAUUCGUCAACGUUACUGAGGUCUCCGCGCGACGGACCACGGGGGAUCAAGUCGAUUCAGCAUUUCCGCUCAAGGUGGAGUACGCCUGGCCCGAGGCGGCACCCGACUUCACCGAAUGGUGGACUGCCGCGCUGGAGACGUCGAAGUACCUGUCGGACCGAAUGGCCAUGGCGAGUCAAGACGCUGCGUGGAUCGCGGAGCUUGGUCCGGUACGGCUGGAGCUGUGCCUGGCACAGGAUGUCUCCGGCAUCGUGAUUCCGCCGAGCAUCCUGUCGCCGCGCGAGUGCGUUGCGCUCAUCCAGUCUCUCCUCUUCGCUGCCGGUUUCAGGUUUCACAACCUGAUCCCGAUGUGGUUCCAGUCGCAGUCGUCCAGAGUCACGCCGAGUCUGGUGCGCUCUGUGGUCGAGGACGUCCAGCACUUCCUCGCGUUCGAGCUGAUCGAGCCUCCCAGCGUGCCCAGCACGUCUCCAAUGUCGACGAUGCAGGCGCAUGAAGUGGCGGCUGCCAUCGAGAGCGCCCGCGCCGAGGCAGCACGCCUGGAGCACGAGCGCGCGUCAUUGCGAAGCCUCCAUAUCGACCACGAUGACGCCGAAGGAUGCGCCGACGCCGCAUCGGAGACCAAGACCAGUCGUCGCCCAAGCAGCGGCUUUCUCAGCCCUGCUGACCUGCUGAGCGCUCCGUGGUUCGGGUGGUUGUUCUCGUUGGCUGGCGCUGAGAGAGCUCAUCAUGAUGACAGCAGCGCCAAGGACUACGUCUUAAGCGUGAAGCUCGCUUCGAUGGGCCUUGGUUUCGUGGAGGACUUGGUCUGCACCACCUACUUCGUGUGCGCACUGUGGCUGUUUGACUCCCUGAAGCGCACGGUCGGCGACCGGUUCGGCGCUGAAGGCGGCAAGCGGAGGUGCGUCCUGAAGCCUCAGACGGUCGGCUCGCUCGCGACGUUUGUGGUGUCGUGGCUGCUGUUCUUCGCCUUGAUGACGCCCUUCGUCGCGGACUUGCUGCUCGUGGUGAACCGCGACAUGCGCUUCACGUUCGACCUCGUGACGAUGGCGAUCAACGAGAAGGAGUUCGCGAGCGCGGCCCCGAUAUUGACCGAGGAGAUCCACCGAGGCUACGUGGGGGCGGGCGUGCUGGUGGCUGUCACGACGCUGUUUGCGUGUGUGCGUGUGAAGGCUGCGUGGGCUGAUCUGUCGGUUUGGAACCCGACGCACGUAGUGGCGGCUGCGGGUGGUCUUAAGUACAUGGAAGUCGCUCUAGAAGAGGACGCAGAUAGGCUGGAGUCGCCCAACACCAAAGAUCAGGGCGUUCGCAAGCUUUCCUGUGUGCACUAUAACGCUAUCUACCACCACGGUUUGCGGGUAGCUAUCAUCCUCGUGGGUACCGUAGUAAUGCCCGCCGUUGCAGUCGCGCUACGCUGCGCAUGUUCCCCGCUGGUAGCGUACACCGGUAUGAAUGCGACACUUAACGAGUUGUUCGGCCACGCCUUUCAACCCGCACCGACAGACACAACAUUUACAACAGUGAAGGGCGACAAACCGUGGGCCGAAACGUAUAUCCACCCAACUGAGAAGUACGAGCUGUUUGGAGACGAUUCUCUUUACCGACACACCACCGGCUUCCAGGGGGAUCUCGCUUUCGACGUCAACAUCUCCAACGAGAACCCUCCCAACGUCCUGGUCAUCGCAGUCGAGUCCUUCCGCUACCAAGACUCUCGUUACCUGGUCGGAGAGGAAGACCCGUCCAACCUGUUCAAGGGAACGAACAUGACCAUCACGCCGAACUUCGACAGGUGGGCCAAGCGCAGAGUGGCUCUCCGCAAUAUGUGGUCGAGCACCCCAACGAGCAGGUCUUUGGAGAGUCUGCUAUUCGCGCAGAUUCCGUACGACAGCACUGUGAAGACAGGCAUCACCGGCGGAAGGAAGGAGACAAAGCUGUCUGGUUUACCCCAACUCUUCAAGGCCAAGGGGUACGAAACAUUUUUCACGACGGGGUGCCCGACGCGCUUUGAGAACUGGGAUGUGUUUCUUCCUACCCACGGCUUUGAGACCGUCUUGGAAUCCAAGGAAAUGAAGCUUCUGGCUGAGAGUAAACUCGGUAUUCCGCGUGGAGACUGGUCUGGCAAAGCACGUCGUGGGUUCAAGUGGGGGGUCCACGACGAUAUCAACUUGCAGCUUUUGGGUGAAAUGUUCAUUGACAAGACGAGGGAGCAGCGAGAGCGAGUUGCACGGGGUCUACCCAAAAGGCCAUUGUUUACCACGCACUACACCAUUUCCAGCCAUGCGCCUUUCAAAGCACGCCCGGCAUGGUAUGCUAAGGCCGACAAGCCAGACUUCUCCGCGUUCUACAAGGGGCAAAAACACUCGACUAUGAUCAAGAACUACCUCGAAAUGCGCUACUUCACGGACAUGCAGCUGGGCGACCACGGCCAAGCGCCUGAAGCUGACGUUACGAACACGCACGAGGAGUCUGUGACCCGUGUGGCAGGCGCUAUCAUCGCCGAGGGUCGGUUGGGUGAAGCUGCUGGACUUGUGAUCGAGGACGCCGUGGAUCACUACGACAUUCUCAACACGCUGGCAGAUAUCACAGGACUGCCUGAGGGAGGCAACGACCCGAGCCGCAAGAUGGCGAUCGUGCGUGGCCACCAGCGCCUUCGCUAUGAUCAAGUAACGGCUUCGAUGAGCUUGCAUGAUACCGAGCGCGACCAUUCCAUGAAUGUCGAUAUGUUUCCGAGCCUUCCAGUCGAAGAGCAGGCCGAAUGGGAGAACUGGCGCGAGUACGGUCGCCGCGUCACCGCGUACUUUAAGCAGCGCUUGGAUGGCAACUGCCUGCUGGCUCUUGAUUGUACUUCAGGUAGCUAA